UGCAAACGAAUUAUUUUAGACUCGUGUGAAAGACGGCGUCGUUUUUUAUUUGCAAAAUUAUAAUAAAUUUACUUUUUAUUUUAUAAAAUAUUGUAUAAAAGUAACAAAAAUAAUGACGUGCCAAUAAUAAUCAUGUAGAAUAAUAUAAUGGAAUGUGAACAAAUUGUGUUAAACAAAAAUUAUUGAUACAGAAAAAACCGGACAUAAAACGAGUACAAGCAAAGGCCGCAAAGGCGUUGAACUGUGUAAUUAAAGUGUAGAAUAAAAAAAUUUUGUGUACGAAAAAAGACUCCAAUUUGAGGAGUCGCUUAGUUGGUUUUGCUGUCAAGAAACCAAAUAAAUAGAUUUUUCUUUUGGGAGCGUUUUAAAAACGGCCAAAAUUGUGGAAAAACAGGAAAAAACACCCAAGCGGAAGAAGAAGGCUGCAGCCAGUAAAAUGACUGCAGUCUUUUCGCCGCAACCACCGCCACAACAGCAGGCGGCUGGUCAACCUCCACCGGGAGGUAUGAUGCAACCUCCGCAAUCGACGACACCCAAUUCGAUGCAACCGCCACAGCAGCAGUCUGUGGUGGGUGGACCGGGACCAGGUGGCAUGAUGGGUCCAGGUGGAGGUGGUCCUGGUGGUAUGCCACCUGUUAUGGGUAUGGGUGGUCCAGGAGGAUCUCCAAUGCAAAGGGGUCCACCCAUGGGUGUGAUGGGUGGACCACCCGGUGGUCCUGAUGGUAUGAUGGGUGGUCCUCCUCCUGGGCAGCAUGGCGGUGGUGUACCCCCACCACCUAGUCCAGCUCAUAUACAGAAAAUUCUAGAUGAAAAUUGUAAGAUUAUACAGACCAUACAGAGUUUCCAAAAUAUUGGUAAAUCGUAUGAAUGUACUUCGUACCAUACCGCCUUGCAUAGAAAUCUCGUCUAUUUGGCACAACUGGCUGAUCCCACAAUGAAUAUCAAUCAAAUCUUGCCACCGCCGCAUAUUCUUCAGGCACAAGCCAAUCAGCAAGGCCCACAUGGUAUGAUGGGCUCCGGGGGACCGCCACCACCGCAGCAGCAGCAACCUCAAGGUGGACCACCUCCUGGGGCUCAGUCACAAAUGGGAGGACCACCUGGUACUCCCGGUAUGCCGCCAAUGCAACACGAUGGUUCCGGCCAACCGCCGUCUGGUAGUCAAAUGCCUCCCUAUGGUCAGGGUCCUCCACAACAUCCGGGAAUGCCACCGAAUGGAAAUCAACCACAACAAGGACUUCCUCCUUCAGGACCACAACAGCCUGGUGGUCCCCAAGGUGGACCACCGCCUCAGCAGGGUCCCUACCGUGGUGGUCCUCAAGGACCAGGUCCGCAACAACAGCCUCAAUCUGUGGGAGGUCCUCAACAGCAGCAACAACAGCAACCGAAUAAUAAUGCACCCGGAAAUCAACAACGCCCCAAUAGUGGACCUUCGGGCCCUGGUGCACCGCCUCCAGGUCAAGGACCGCCCCAACAACAGCAACAACAACAGGGUCCUAAUCAACAAGGACCGCAGCAACCCCAACAGCAACAAGGUCCACCUCCACCACAGCAAGGUCAAUAUAGAGGUGCCUACCAGCCACCACAGCAACAGCAUUCCCAUUAUCCUGGCUAUCCGCCACAACAACAACCGCAAUAUCCACCACAGGGUGGUUAUCCGUAUGGUCCACCAACACAUGGCUAUGGACCACCACCACCAAACGCUCAAGGUGGUUAUCAACCACAUGCCGGCAUGCCACCAACAUCGGCGGCCAGUGGUCCCCCACAACAGCAUCCUUAUGGAGCUAGCGGACCGGGACAGCAGGGUCCUCCCGGUUCUUAUGCUCCACCACCUAAUCAACAAUUGCCACCUGGUCAGCAACCGCCACCAGGGCAAAUGUAUGGUCCUCCGGCGGGAGGUCAGGGACCUCCACCACCUAAUCAGUAUGGUCCUCCACAAAGCGGCAGCGGUGGUCCUCCUCCACCGAUGAGUUAUGGCGGUUAUGGAGCUCCACCACCAAAUAACUAUGGACAAGCCAGUAAUACACCACCUGGAUCGUAUGGACCUCCACCAACAAGCAGUGCACAAUCGCCAUACCAACCGUAUCAACAGGCAGGACCGGGACCUCAAGGUUAUCCCGGUCAAGGACCACCACCGCCACCACAAGGCGGCCAAGGUCCUCCUCCGCAACCGCCACAACAAGCAGGUGGACCAAAUGCUCCUCCCGGCAGCGGUUACAGUUCUUCACCCAGCCCCGGGCAAACACCACCACCAAACCAACAACCUAGCGCUAGUGGUGCAAAUGGUCCUCCAAACAAUCAACAACCACCCACGAGUGUACAGUCUACACCACCACCCACACAACCGCCAACAAGUAGUUCAGGCACGGGUAGCUCGGGCGUUACAACGCAACCACCACAAACACAAGCUUCCGGACCACCACAAGCUCCACCACCUGGACAAGGUCCACCGCCGCCAACAUCACAACAGCAGCAAACGCCACAAAAUUAUCCGCCAGGCUCAAGUAGUGGACCACCACCCUCGGGCCCGCAGCCAACAUACUCAUCGCCGCCUACGACCGCACCCAGCGGUACUCCCUCACCCUAUGGUCAACAGGGAGCUCCAGGUUCAGGACCGCCAAACACUACAGCUCCACCCUCAACAGCCAAUGGGGCACCCGGACAAGGUCCGCCUCCUCCUAUGGCACCUAAUCAAUAUCAGCCACCACCAGGAGCUCCACAGCCACCCUAUGGUGCACCACCACCCCAGGGUUAUGGACCACCUCCACCGGGUAGUGGUUAUCCACAACAUGGUUAUCAUCAGCCGCAGGGCGGCUACGGAUCAAUGCCACCUCAAGGACAAUAUCCACCACCUUCGCCUCAAGGAUAUCAAGGUUAUCGUCCAGCCGGUGCACAACAGAUGCCUCCCCCAGGAGCGCCUCCUCAAGGUCCACCACCGGGUGCUUAUUCCUAUUACGGCAACCAACCGCCACAGUAAAAAAAAUACAACACUAAACAAGUUUAAAACUUCAAGAAGCUGUAGCAUGCAACAAAUAUAAACGGAAGAAAAUCUUAAACAUUUUAUAAUUUAAGAAUUUGUAAAAUUUUAACGAAAAACAGUCUACAACAUUAUAGAGCCCUAAGAGAUCGUUGUUAUAAGUCUAUUAACUGCCCAAAAUUGCAUGUAUUAACGACAAGACUUCUCUUAACAAAAAAAACAUAGAAAUGACAUUAUACGAAAAUUGAAUAUUUUAUAAUUUUCUGUUAAAAAAUAUUUUGCAGUUUAAACAGUUAUUUAAUUGGCACAUUGUAUUCAAAUUUUAUAUAAGUUUUGAAAUUUCUUAAAGAAAAUUCUACUUAAAAAUUACUCAAAACAAUUGCCUUACAAUUAAACUGCUUAACUUCAAAAUUUCUCUAAUUUGUUUUAUGGACUUAAAAGUUUACAAUUUGUGUUAAAUAAUUUUCUCAACUCUUAACUUAUUUGUAAAUUUUCUGCUAAACUUAUUCUCUUUUAUUCUAUAACUUUUUUACACUAUCUUUCUCUCCCAAUCACUAUUUCUCUAUAUUUAUUUGUAACUUAUCUCAACUUUGUAGCUUUCUUAAUGUUUUAUGUUUAAGUCUUAAAAUAUUAAAGAAAACUUAAUUUUUUGUGUUUUUUUUUUUUUAAUAUAAGUUUUAAUUUUAAUUAAGCAAAAGGAAACAAAACAAAAAAACAACUUAAAUUUUUUAAAAUAAAAUUAACUGUUAAAUAGUUUUGAAUAAAUUGGUUCAACGUAAAAAAAAUUCAUUUUGUAGCAUUUUUGAAAACAAAUUUAUAAUUAAAUUAAAAAAAAAGAAAAGCAAAUACUAUUUACAAUAAUAAACUAAAAACAAAAACAAUUAUUUGUACCGUUUCACUAAUUGUUAGUUCUAAAGAUUUAAGCCGAUAUUUAAGAGAAAAUAAAAAGCAUUAAAAACUAAAGGUUAAAAUUUUGAUAAUUUAACAACUAUUGAAACUGCAAAAAAAUUCAAAAUAUUAUGUGUCAACUUUAAUCAAUUUUUAAAUAAUCCAUUAAAAUAAUAAUUAACACUUUUUGCUAUGCAUUAAUCCUAUAUAAAAACAAA